CUGAAGCUGAUGAACCAACCCAAAAAGGAUAAAGCAGAUGGUCAUUGAUAAACGCAAGUAUCUCCUAUCUACAUACUACAAUGGCAGCAACCCACACAACGGCGCAAGUUAACAUCAACCCUAGAUUCGCUCUUCCUCUAACUUCAAUCUCAUGGAAACAUCACAAAACUGCGCCAAGGUGCGCAUUGUCCCCUCAAAAUGAGAGCAGGCGAAUAAUCUCCAUUUCUCUCGUCCUACUCCAUUCUUUCUCUACACUUCCUCCUCACGCAAUUGCCGGUAGUAUGUUUGAUCGUUAUGUGAAAAGGAAAAAGCUUGAACCUUUGGAGACCUAUGUGCCUGCUGUCAUUCUGACUCAAUUGCAGAUUAAAGACAUAGAGGAAAGUCUGAUGAAUGCUAUAGAGAGCCAAAAAGUUGAUCAGCCUCAAUUCGCUGUGUACAGGUCAAUUUUACGGUCUGGCCCUGCUGCUUCAUUUCGAUCAAAUAUUAGAGCUGUCGCAGAAUAUGCUUCUGAUGGUGGAAAGGGUAAGACUGCAUUCGAUGAUGUCGAUCAGUGUCUCAGAGCUCUGGACGAACUUGAUUCUUUGCUUCUUCGCGCUUCAAGAAAUAAUCCUGAUGCGACACCCAAGUUGAUGAAAGAAAAAAUAAGCACAGCAGUGAAUGCAUUGAAUAGCCUCCUUCAAACUGUACCAUCUGACAUUUUAGAAACAGCAAAAGCAAUUGCAGAUGCCUAUCGGACUCCGGAAAGCAACGAGGCGCCUCAAGAGCUGGAUCAAGAUUUGAAAGAAUUGCAAUCAAUUCUAUGAAGAAUUUCUACAUUUCAAACAAGAUCAACUAGAAUGAUUAAAGAUAAAUUCCCCUUUUUUCCUUCCUGUCGAUUUAAGACAUACCAAAUGCUCGCCUGCUCGGAUCUAACCCUAUUGUAUGAUCGAAUUAUGCAUGAUAAUAUCUAAUGUACUGUUAGUUUAUGCUUGUAAAAUACUAUGUGUAGAGAUAUGUUUGCUAUGUAUGUGCAUGUUUGUAAGAUACAAGUAUUGUUUGUAAAGUGAUGUUCACUUGACUUAUUUGCAUAAAAAUAACAAAAACGAGUCCAUUGUUCAAGGACAUACGUUUAUUUGUG